UAAGAUUACGAAUAGCCAUGUGUUUUUACCGGAAGUCUUCGAUCUUUCUCGAUAUACAGUCAAACAUAUCCACACUUGAAAAUUGAUCAUAGGCACGAGACCAUUGUGCCUGUAUAGGAGUCAGUUUCUCUCACCCGUCUUGGACUUCCAUGUGCUUAUUUCCUUCUCGACUUAGCCUACUACUAUUUCUCAAGCUGUCUGCUUGUCAUUCAUGCUUCAUAGCUAGCUUGGGCAGUUUACUGUCACAAAAUAAUUUAACAUUCUCGCAGACCUCCGUAUAUCUAUCUGAGCAGAGUUCCUAGCUGCCUGCGUUUUCGCAUCACUAUCACUCGAGUAGUAGUAACAUUUUAAUUACGAUUUUCUCUCGGUUAUACAAAUUACUAAAGUCUAACUGACCCGCUGACCUUCUCACAUUACUUUUUCUUGAUUCCACUCAGUGAUAUUAAACAGCUGCAGAGCUAGAAACAUGGCUUAUAGAGUUGGUGGAUCUGCUGUUUCCUUCUGUUGACUACUUUUACUGUCUGUUCAUUCUUGUUGCUAUGGUUACUCACACGCGAUUGCAAUAUUACAAACACAAUUAUUGCCUUCUCUGCAUAACUGGCUCCUUAGGAUGUCGAUGGCACCGUUAUCGGCAAUCAGCACGCAACAGCCGAAAGAAAGACUUAAUCAUACUAGUAAUUCUCCUGAUUACUUUUAUCUAUAUGGCUUUCUACUUGUACUUCUGGCUUGCGGCUGAGAAUGAUUCAAAUGAUUUUAAUUGGUAUUUUACAGUAAAAUUGAAACUGAAAUAUUUACCAUGGUAUACAAUAAUGCUGUCCAUAACAGGGGUUGUGUUUGGGUAUUUUGCAAUUUUAGUGGGUCUAUCAAUAUAUAACAUUUAUGUGAGACAUCAAUUAAAUAUACAUCCAUUCCAUGUAGCAGUGAUAAUCUUCACUCUUCUGAAUUGCAUUGGCUUUACAAUUGCCUUGGAUAUUCUCUGGACAUAUGAGUGGGUAGUGCUGAGACUAUCACUUCUAAUCUUUGGUCCUUUUAUUCAUAUUGGUCUGGUUGUGAUCUUUACUAUUCUCUCUUGUAUUCUGAUAAGACAGUGGUACAGCUUAGACCAAUUCUGUUUAAAACUAUUAACUGCAGUGGCAUACAUGGCAAUUCUUGUUGGCCUCUAUAUCAUUCCACUAUUUAUUGACUCUCCAUGUGUUCGACCAGCAGACAGCUUGCCUUCCAGACCAAGAUUGUUUGCCCACCGAGGUGCGUCAGGGGUUGCACCUGAGAAUACUUUAGUUGCAUUCCAAUUAGCUGCGAACCAAAGUGUCUAUGGAUUUGAGUCAGAUGUACGAAUAAGUUUAGAUGGAAUUCCGUUUAUUUUACAUGACAAAACAUUACGACGAACAACCAAUAUUGAAGAAGUAUAUCCCGACCGAGUGGAUGAUGAUGCUUCUACAUUUACAUUUGAUGAAUUGCGGAAACUCAAUGCUGGAAGCUGGUUUUUGAAGGAAGAUCCAAUGGAUGUUGUUGGAUCUCUUACUGACAAAACAAAGGAAAUCUACAAUAACCAAACCAUUAUGUCUUUGGAAGAAUUGAUUGACUUAGCAAACUUGACAGGGAAGAAUAUUUUUAUAGACGUACAAAUCCCAGUCAAGGAAAAUCCUUAUUACCAUACAGCUUAUAAAAAAGCUGUUGAUGUGAUACUGAACACUGGAAUUCUUCCUAAACAGAUUUGGUGGUUCCCCAAAAUCUAUCAUUCAAUAAAUACCACCAAUUUUACACAAACCGGGACAAGUUAUCUACCAGUUGAAGAUCUCAUAAAAUUGCAUAUCUCUAAUUUCAAUGCUAGGUAUGAUACACUUAGUGAAGUUGAAAUCCUAGAAUAUCUUGAAUCCAACAUCACUAUUAAUGUCUACAUAGUUAAUGCACACUGGCUGUAUUCCCUGUAUUGGUGUCUGGGUGUACAAUCUGUAGCAACAGAUAGAUGUCACAUCCUCAAUAAAAUUGAAAAACCAUUAUGGCAUUUGACUCCAGGAACAUAUCUUAUGACAUGGGUUUUAGUUGAUAUAAUAUCUGCUAUCAUCAUCAUCACCAUACUUAUAGUACAAUGGAUCCGAUUAUUGAGAACACGCUUCAAUCCAGAGCCAAUUUCAUUACAUUCUCAACAGUCAAUGAUUACCCUUACGGACCAAUAUCAUUCUAAUUCAAGAACUAUGAAAGAAAAACUAUUAUUUACUGCUGACCAACCCGAAGAAGACAUUCUGGAAGCAACAGAAGGUGUUUCUAAUGACCAUAUUGAUUCUCCAACCCAUCAUUACACAAAUACAGCUGCCAAUUCUGUUGUCAUCAGAGUUCCCCAGUAGAUACAAGUUUACUGAAAACAUUGAGACAAUUCAAAAGAUUCAUAGAAUUCCAAACCAAAUUCCAUUUGUUGUACUACUUUCCAGGAAAAUAUGGAAUUUAUAA